CAGACUUCCUCCUCUGCGUGUUUUCAUAAACAAACCACAUUUUUCUCCCGCCGCUGCCGCAGCUCGGUCCUCCUGCUGUCAGCCUGCCAGCAUUGUUGGAUUUUAGCUCCUGAUUUUUUAACAGACCCGCGGUGGAGAAGGUGGAGAACGUGUCAGAGCUGGUGUAUUAUUAAAGAAAGGAGAGGAGGACAGACUCUGGCCGUCUUUAUUGACCGAGCCGCCGCAAAGCGCGUGGCCGAGCUGUCGAACAUUUCCAUAUUUUAUUCUGAGGGUUUUUAUCUGUCAGACACAUUGGACCUCUCUGUGCUCCUCUAAGAUCUUCUGUGUUAUCAGACAUGGUGAAGCUGACUAAGGCCAAAACAUUCCAGGCCUACCUGGACUCGUGCCACCGUCGCUAUAGCUGCGUGCACUGCCGUGCCCACCUGGCCAACCAUGACGAUCUCAUAUCCAAGUCUUUCCAAGGCAGCCAGGGGAGAGCGUACCUCUUCAACUCUGUGGUGAACAUCGGCUGUGGUCCUGCAGAGGAGAGGCUGCUGCUCACGGGACUGCACGCAGUAGCCGACAUCUACUGUGAAAACUGUCACACUACACUGGGCUGGAAAUAUGAGCAAGCCUUUGAGCUGAGUCAGAAGUACAAGGAGGGGAAGUUCAUCAUCGAGCUGUCCCACAUGAUAAAGGACAACGGCUGGGACUGAGAGGGAAGCCUUCAUCUUUCUCCAUGACUUUUUCACAAGUUGCAUCCUGCUUGUCUUCAAAGGGUUCCAGUGUAGCUUCAUCAUCCCGCCCUGCGUGCGGUCAGCCAUGCGCUGUGCCACACUUUCACUUCGUACGGCUUUGCCAAGAAUAGCAUGUGAUGCCUUAUCUUCUGUUCUUCAUGUUCUUCAGUGAUCACAACAACACAUUUGCUGAGAUUUCUAUCCCAAUUGGUAGUUGUGCUGAGACAUGGACCGAGUGAGUGAAGGGUUAGUGUGUGAAUGACUGGGAGAUGUAGUCACAUAGACACGUGUGUGUGUGUGUGUGUGUGUGUGUGUGUGUGUGUGUGUGUGUGUGUGUGUGUGUGUGUGUGUGUGUGUGUGUGUGUGUGUGUGUGUGUGUGUGUGUGUGUGUGUGUGUGUGUGUGUGUGUGUGUGUGUGUGUGUGUGUGUGUGUGUGUGUGUGUGUGUGUGUUGGAUUUUAAAGUGUUUGAGUCAUGAAACCCUUAUAUUCACCACUGAGAAGUCUUGCUCUUUGGGGGUGGGGCCAAUGCACGUCAAAUAAUCUGACCUUACAGAGCGGAUGCAGAUAUUUGGGUUUCCAUUUGAGUUUAAGGUGCACAUUUAGACACAACUGGCCCAAACCGAGUAAAGUAUGUAGGCCUGUUUAUCCCGUAGACCAUUUUUGAGUGAUUCAAAGGUUUGGGACUGCAUCGGGCGGUGGGAGGGGCUUAUUUUUUAUCAGUGAAUUCAUGUUUUUUAUAUAAGAAUAGUAACUGUUGUUCUAUUUUUGCCAAAUGCAAUCAGGAUGUUGAAUUAGUAGUGCUUAAAAGUCUCUCGCAAGAAUUCUGAAUUUAGAGUGAGUCUGCUUGUAUGGAUGGUUUUAUUUUGUGUGUGAGUGUGUGCGUGUGUGUGUGUGUGCGCUGAGACGUCUUUAGCUGGAUGCUUUUGAGAUGCAUUAGUCUGGGAUUCACAUCUAGAGUUUCCUGCACAGCCUGGGAUAUUGUCACUUUUUCUUCAUGCUGAUGAGAUCUAUCUUUCGUGUUUGUGUACAGCCUUACACCGAGCCACCCUUACACACACAUUUACUCAUUUGUGUUAGAGCAAAGUGUGAUUAGGAUUAUGUAGCAUAUUUAUGGUGAUUUUUUUUAAUGUCUGCUUCUUUCAUUAAAAGUGUAUUAUUUUAACCGAAUCUUUCAUUAAAAUGCAGUGUGUCUGAAA